GACAGUGAUAAGCGGCUCCCGGAGGUAGAGGCUCUCCUGGCGAGCGAACGUGCUUCAUGGGCCACCGAACGCGCCGCCUGGAGCACAGAGCGAUCAUCAGUGCAAUCAGAGUUGUCUACGCUCCAGGCGUCUCACGCAGCCGCGCAACGCGACGUGGAUUUCUUUCGCGAGCAGUACCGAUCUGCAUCGACGUUUGUGAGUGCUGUGCGUACGGAGAACCAUGAGCUCGUGGAGCGCACGAAGGUCGCUGAGUCACAGGCGUCAACCGGUGUGAAGAUGGUGCGCACGGCGUACGAGUCGCGGGUAAAGAAGCUCGAGGAUGAGCUACGCAGGUUCAAGGCGCUCGCCGAGCUUUUGAAGGAGAAGGACCGGAGGACGAAUGACGAGGUUCGCUGGCGGGCGGCUAUGGAGCCUGAGUUGAGGAAAGAAAAUGAGCGACUGCGCGCGGCUCUGGAGGAGCGCGAGGCGGAGGUGGAUGAAAUGAACGACGAGCUUCAUGCUGCGGAAAAGCAGAUCAAGAGGCUAGAGAGAAGGGUUGAGAGGGUUGAAGGGAAGAACAAGCUUUUAAUUGCAGCAUCUAAUCCGAAGGGCAAGGGCAAGGCAGUAGCGGCAAUGGUGGUCAAUGAUGACAGCGACGAUGAUGACGAUGAUUAUGCGCCGAGCCGACGCAAUAGCUCAUCUUCCGACGAGGAGAGCUCCAGCGGCCACAGCAGCGUACACUCCACAAGAGAGGCUUCGCCAGUAUUGGCCGAAGACAUUGAUCCAGAAGAGCCUGCGCAGCGCCAAUCCGGUGGCGCGAAUAUGAGGAUAUCUGAAACGAUUUCCCCACCAGUGCAAAGCGAGAAGCAUGAUAUGGCAUUUCUCUGUAGAUGGCAGCAGGACGGCGCACAGAGCUGCCAAGUCGUGGUCAAUGAUAGACAGGAGUUAUAUGAUCAUGUAUUCAGUCAGCAUGUAGUAUCUAAUUAACUUUAUUGUGGAGAUGUUUGCAAAUUGCUAUCGUUCGGUCAUAAGUGCUGUCUAUGACCUGAUCCAUUGAUUCCGCGGUUGUAGGAUCUCGCAAGGGCUUAUCGUUAUUCAUUAUCAUAAUCUUGGUGAGAGCCUGGUGUCAUAUAUUUCUGAUCAGGCGUAAUGUUCCACGUACCAAAGACUCAGUAAUACUUCAGAUGGCGCGUACCCCAGGUCACCCAAUUGAUUUAGCAGCACACGCUUCGCCGCCGCCGUCCAUGCUUCACAUACCAAUGAAGUCCGCGACCGAGUCGGCGGUUUUCUGGAGCUAGUAGUGCCCUAUACGUAACCAAAAACAUCUGCGUCGCUUCACGCUGUGCAUCAGCC